CCCAUACCAUUCUCGGGGUAAAAGAAAACAUGAGACCGAACCUCGACUUACAAACUUGCAUAUACAUAUAUAGGUACAUACAUACCUCCUAGCAACCUGUUAAGGCUUAGAGCAGAAAAAUGUGAAUUCCUAAUUUUAACCUUCUAAAAACUCUCGUCUCCCGCCUUACGGGCUCCCGGUCUAGUCUUCACUUUCUUCUGCCCUAACUCCACCUCUGGCAGUUCGCUUGCUGUCAUCUACCGCUCUAGCUUGAAGCUAUCCACGAGCUAGUCAGACCCGUUGCAUAGUUCUACUGGCCUGGACUUCCAAGGACGAACCGCGCUUCCGGCUUUGCAACGCAGGGUUGCCCUGACCUCACCAUCGCGGCCCCGUUGCCUUUCCCCUCAUGAUCUCGGUUGUUGACUGAUAUUUUGGGGAUUCGCCGUCUUAGGGCUAUACCUUAACCUAUCUUAUUACCAUCUGUGCGUCGACAGCUUUGUACUCGCGCUCCAUAUGUUUGACUAGCUAUCCCACGUCACAUCAUCGACAUCCAGGAUCUACAACUAUACUAUAACAAAAAGCUACUUAUAUCAUAUAUAUUAAUAUUUAUCUUACUAACUAUUCAGCAACUCCAUAAAACAUGGCUGAAGUAGACGUUGCUGGACCGAGGAGUCCGACUCUCGAGACGCUCCUGAACCGCCAACGCGAAAUGCGGCGAGCACGGCCGCCAGAUAUAACGAUUAUUCAAAAUGAGAACAGAAUCCCGCUACGGCCAGAGAGAUUAGAGAAGCGCGAAUCCAGGAUUGGCUUAAGGAGCUUAUUCGGCAGGUCGAGAACGGGGAAGGAUGAUAAGACAGGAGAGGAAGCAUUACCAUCACCAAAAGAGUCACCACGACAUGGCGGGAAACGCUCCUCGCUAGCUGAUAUCGGUGUCUUCAACCGGGGGCUUCAUUCGUCUCGCUCUGAGGUUUCCCUUUUACCUUCACCUUUGGCGCUAGCAAAGCCAUCGCCGACUGAAUCGUUUUCUUCAAUAAGUUAUCGAGGACGGCGAGGUAGCAAUCCCGCUAACAAAAGCAAACUUCGUCAACCAGUAUCGCCGACAAGCCCGACUACGGCUUUUGAUCCGCCGCCAUUAUUCAAGAUGUAUCCCCAAGCAACUAAGCAUGCCACACUACCAGCUUGUGCCACCCCGAUAGAGACCCUCGUUCGCUUCAGCGAGUCCAAAGAUAGCUCACUACAGAACGACUUUUCACAAGGUGACAUCACUCUUGACCGACGAGAAGCAGGGCGGAAGACAGAGGGAGAUAAGAAAAAGAAAUCCAAAUUUGCGCCGGAAUGGACUAGCAAGAUUUACGCACUUGUCACUUCUGGAUAUUUACUCCAAUAUGCGGCCGAGGGCUCCUUCAAUAGGUUACCUGAAAAGGUCUUACAUCUCACUCGAGACUCGGCUGCUUAUGUUAGCGACCUAAUUCCCGGAAAGCAUUGGGUUGUUCGAGUGACUUCAUCCACGGAUGCCGACGGAAACCCAUCUACAGAUGCGAAAUCCCUUAGGUCUAGGCUUGCCCUAAGAGGAGUCGAGAAGCGACAAGUCUCUAACAUGCUGCUUGUUUUCGAAAGCCCCGAGAUUAUGGAUGCCUGGCUCGCUAUCCUGAGACGGGAGAUCGAAUCGCUAGGCGGUAAGAAGAAGCUUUCGGAAACCGGCAACCCCGAAACGGACGACGGCGCUACUACGCUCAAGGCGCAGGAUAGCCAGAGGACCAUUGUUGUUCGAGAUCCGGCCCGUUUCUCGCGUAUUAUUUCCCAGGACUUCUCGUGGACUCAGGAGAAUGCGCUUGUCGAUCCUACAGAAGAGAGCGAUUCCAACAACCCGCCAUUAAAGCGACUGUCGGAGUCGACCGUGGAUGAUGAUUCGAGUAUGGUUUCGUCGGAUGGUCAACGCCUAGACAGCCUCCGAGAUAGUGGCACCGGCAGUGGUAAUCGAUUUUCCUUCGUCUCAUCCGGACAGCGGACAAUUGUAUCUUCGGCGGAGUCGUCGCCGGCCAAUUCUCCAAUUCGAGCAAGUUUCUCGAGCCAGGAGGAAUAUCUAUUCCAAAAGAAUCAAUCACCAUUACCACCUACCCCCGAGGUUACCGAGGUUAGGCCGCGUCCCAACGCCGCCGCGAUCGCAAAUCGCAGACAGUCGAUGCAGACUAUGAUCCCUGCUUUCGAUCAUCGUCUGGAUAUGGGUAGUCAUCCGUCUUUGACCCUAUCUCCUCCCCCUCCUAAAUCAAGUCAUGGCGACGGGCGUCAAUUCGUACCUAACUUUAGCGUACCACAUGCAGUGGGUAGACGAUACUCGUCGUUGAGUCUGUCUGCAAUCACCCCCCGAUCUGAACAGGCGCAAGCAGUUGGCCGAGACGGGCCCGCUAAGCCUCCUCCCUUUCGAAGGAGUCCGCCGACAACCCUCCCCAUCUCUCGUCCCCUCUCUAUUGUUCUUGAUCAGCCGUCACCAAGAUCACUUUAUUCGUCCAACUCAUCUACCCACCCAACCAGCAAGGUACCUGCUUUACAGAUGCCUGAUUCACCGACCAUAUUCAGCUCUUGGGCUGGCAAUGCUUUGAAGCAGCGGUCGCAGGAAAGGGGAAAUUCCCCGAAGAAGAGCCAUCUGUCGAAGCAGAUCACCGACGGAGCUCAAAGCACCGCCACGGAGCGUCGUAGCACAGAUGAUGUGCGUGCCAGUCGACAAGGUCCGGCACGUCCCCAAGCCAAGACAAGUAAAUCAUCCAUCCCUCAACCAGCCUGCGCCCAGUUUUCAGAGAUUGCGGACGCUCCCGAGCUAAUGCGCAGGCCCGCCUCAUCUUUCGAGAUGCGGAGAGUAUCGACGGCCCCGGUUCCCAAAUAUGUAUCCUACAACCGCACACCGCCGCUUGACGAGUACCAAACCCGGCAGAGCCGCUACUCGUUAACGUGCCCCAAGCAGACCUCCAAAUUACCCUCUAUCGAGGAGCCAGCCUACACGCUAUCGCCGCCCCUAGCCUUCUCGCCUAAGCGCUCGGUGCCUUCCUUCAAGGCCCUGCAGCAGGAGGCAUCAUCAAAGCAAUUAUUGGCGGUAGACAUGAGCCCAAAAGCCCUCUUAACCAGGAGAAGCAUGCCUCACCUCUCAGAAGGCCCACCUCCUACUCCCCCACCAACCUACGCGCUUCCUCCACUUCCGGGGAAGCAUGCGGCUACCAUGCCCAGGAGCAUGAAGACAUGAUGCUCACCUGCUGGUAGUUUUUAUUACAUAUCCCUGCCCUUCGACACACUGAAGGACAGAAAAUUUCCUUUUUUGUGUGUGCUUGAUUUUACUUACUGCCCUUCUUGUAAACCAUUGUAUAACCCUACAACCCAUGAUAAUGACGGCGUUUUGCGAUUGUGUUCGUGUUGCUUUACUACGCAUAGACCUAUUUAUUGUAUGGGGGAAAAGACACCAACUUGCCCUUGCGGGAAUCUUGUUUCAUUAGCCAAAGAGAAAAAAAAGUAUAGUAUAGUGCAUUUGAGGGGUUAGUGGGAAUGAAAAGAGACGAAGACGACGAAGAGAUAGCUUUUUGAUAUCACGAUAGAUACGACUAGAGAUGAGACGAUAUGAGCGGUGCGCUGACACCAGGAAGUAUUUUGUGUCCGAGGACAGUACAUGUUACGGAUUGGUAACAGCAGAUAAUAUUUUCUAUGUCUGCCUAGGCUGUCUAGGUGCUAAUCCAUACCAAGAAGAGGCUGGGGGGUAGGAUAUCGGGCUUCUACUCACCUUCUAUAUGGAUGCCAAUGUAUUACUACUGUAGGUAGUAUCAAAAAGUAAAAUAAAUAAAAAGCUUCAUGACAAGACUCAACUGAGAAUAAAUCUCAUGGUUGUUUUAAAACUGUAUAUAUAUUAGAAAGAGAACAAUUGAAGUUGUU